ACCGAGGUCAAGGCUCGGCCUCAAGGCAGCUUGCAGCCUUUACGACCCAACACUUUUUAUACGCCAUUCUCAUUCUUUGUCCCGAUACGAACCACGACGCCUUCCAUAGGGCUUUCAUGAACACUCACGUCUCUUUAAACCAAUAACAACGCUGAACUAGGUCAUAAGCCAUUGGGCGUCAAUCCGUUGUGUCCACCUCUCGGUAUCAACUCUAAACCGGAGACCGCGCCCGCAGACGCUCAAUUCAGAACCGAUAUACCUUCUUCUCCCGCCUCUGCAGAAUACCACGCCAGCCUCAGGUUGCUACCGUCGCUCUCUACUUCACACUUCAUGGCUACCACACUGUCGCACUCCGCACACAAAUCUCGCUUCAAUAUAUCUACUCAUCUUGCUCAAUCUCUUGUCGCACCUAUCUUUCAUCAUGAAUACUCCUUGAACGUAAGAGAUGCCACUCAAGUAAACCCUGUCUGUAUUGGAAGUGGACUUGAUGCCGGCUCUUAUGGUAUUAUCGCUACCAUAGUAGCUCCUGGCAUUGUGGGCUUAGCCAUAUGGAUAACCUUUGCAAUAGUUAGACCCCGAUACCGCCAGGUGUAUGCCCUGCGAGAGUGGUUUGUUCCACAAGACGUUCGUCCCAACCGAUUGGAAUCUAAUGCAGGAGCUUUCCUGACUCCGAAUACGCCUAUGCGUCCUUCUAUCCAAGAGGAUGUGUCAAAUGCAGGCCAAUCUAUGGCGGAGGACGCCCAGCUCUUUCCUUCAGACGAAGAACUAAGUCAGCGCACCUUGUGGACCAGCUUUCUCGUCGUCCUUUCUUGGAGUCUUGCCGGCCUUGCCGGAGCAAUACCACUUUACACUGUUAACAUACCCUGUCUUGCUCAGUCAAAUGGUCCGGCUCUCUACACUGGUGUCUUCUCCGUCCUGCAGGACCUUAGUCUUCUCCGGCUGUUACGAUCUAUAGACAAUUUACAGCUUGCUUCUCAAUCAUAUCUUGCGCUAGCUCAUCUAAAUCCAGCAGAGUCAAUGUCUAUCCCUCAUACCCGUAUCAUCGUGCUUGCUUGUCUCGCUGUCGUGGCAACUAUGCUCCCCGCCCUCUAUCUGACGCUGAAAGAGUUCAGGGUCAUUGUUGCUCUUCGAAAGCGGUGGCUAGACAUUCGUUGUGGAGGGAGAGACAUGGGCUGGCUUAGCGCCGACAACGCUCCUGGGCUUGCAGGAAUGGGCGAGCAGAGUCUGAAAGAAUAUCUCGUCAAGUUAGGCCUGCGCUCAGUAGGUAGACCAAAUAGGCGAAACGGCAGACAUGCGUCAAGUCUCAGUCACUCACACUGGAACAGUUCUCAGAGCUCGAGUUCAGCUGAUGGUGUGGUUGAAGUGGAUGUGCAGGGCUUGUUUUCAAUUUGCGAUACCCAGAAUCUAGCGGUCCUCAUCGAGCAACGGGAUGAAAUCCUGGAAAAUCUGGAAGUGGCUGAGACAAAGUACAUCUCCUCAUUUAGGCUGUCUACGCCCGACCCUUCGAUUGCCGACCUGGAGGUCCGUAUUCCCCCUCCUACAAAAUCCAACAAGCCAUAUAUUAGCCACCCUCUUCCCCUUGGUGGUACCAACCGCACCAGACGUUCGCGCAAGACUAACCCAGCACAUGCAACGUCUUCGUUCGCCCCCACUGCCUUCGUGGCCCCCUCGCAGUAUUACAAGAUACGAGGGAUGCGCAGCAUCACCUCACUGGGGAAUACACCCAAUGACAGUGGCCACCUCAGUUUCUCGGAUUCGUUCCAGCAACGCAUCGUUGGGAGCCGUUUUCAGGAAGUCAACCGCGACUCGGUUGAUUAUGACAGAUUACCUUUAGGAAGUCAACUCAUCCUCGAGAAAUCCGGAGAGCUAGGUCCAGUGCCUGAUCCUCGGUUUUAUGGUCCAAACCAUCCUACGGAACCAUCUGGGUCUGAAACAUUAGUCGAAGGUUCUACGCACCGUCCCUACACCGAAACUAGCCAAGGAGGAGGAGCUACUGCUCCACGUAUUCCGACCGUCAUGGAAGGAGAGGAGGGCUGGACUGACCUGAUGCGAGACGUAGACCUUGACGGAUUUAUGGGAAGAGAUACGGUAAGGCUAGUCGAGACUCCAGAUCAGCUCCCUCCUGCGCGACCACGUCCACCGAGGAUUGUCAACACCCCAUCCACUGACCGACGCGAGACUUUCCCACUCCGGAAUAAAGCAGAAACCAAUGCAGUAGCCGAGGUUGUUCCUCCCCCUCAUCUUCGUUUGCAACCUCGCCAACCCUUCGUGCGGCCUGCUUCUGGUCUUGACUACGACGACUUGGGAUCGGUGUAUGCGGAGAUCAACCAGUGGCGCUCCAAGCUUAAAUCGAUCAACAGCGAAAUCGUAGACGCUCAGCACGACUGCUACACCGACAUCGCUGAAGGCACGCACGUCAAAGGCUGGAUCCUCAUAGGUCGUGGGCUGAAGCAUAUCCAUGGAGUGGAACUCAUUGAAGGGCGUGCACGCGAAGAUAUCCGCUGGGAUGUUCUUCAGACUGGCACUCAUAUACUAGACUCAGUCGGACUUGGGAUAGUCAUCUUCUCAACGACGAUGUACCUUCUUCUUGCCAUUACCGCCGUGACGGGAUUGUCAUUAAGCACGGCCCCCAACUUUGCUCACUACCUUGAAUUUUUGCAACCUUUGUCCAACCGCAACGACUUGGCAUCAGGAAUCGCUACGAUGCUUGCGUCAGCGAUUGCAGCCACAUUGUUUGCUGUGCUGGUCUUUCUUGUCGUCAGACGUGUGGCCUUCUGGUCACCUCAUGUUUCGAUCAGUGCCGUUCAGCUUCUUUCUCUCAAGAUCAUUUAUUACCUAUUUUUCUUGGUUGUCGCUGGCGUGAUUGUGAUAGGCGGCGCUGUUUUGUACAGCAUUGAAGCUAUUUCCCAGCAUCGAGGUGUGACAAAGUCUCUUGCUGAUGGAUCCAUAUACAUGGCGAUGUUCGCGCUUGCAUAUAUCCUUACAGCAUCAUUCACUAUACCCGGGCUUCUAUUGCUGCGGCCCGUACGCCUGUGGAAGGUUCUCCGUGCUGAGAAGACCGCUAUCACACCGCGUCAACGAUUCCGAGCGGUAUAUCCUGGGUCAUCUGACACUGCCAACGGCCUUGGAGCCUGCGUUUUGGCCAUCAUCUUUGCUUCGGCAUUCUCACUUAUCUUUCCUCUCAUUGGGCCUUCUGUUGUUUUAUUAUUGUUUUUGACCCUUGUGGCUCACCGCUUUCUUAUCGGUUAUGUUUAUUGUCGAACGCUUCCAUCAACUGGAGGCCUCGCGCACAUUUGGCUCCUCAAAAGGCUGGCAACGUUGUGCACGUUGCAGCCGCUCUUGCUCGGACUUAUCCUUCUUACAAGGCAUUUUUGGCUUGAAGGAGGCAUCUUGGUGGGCAUCGCACUCAUUGCGGCGAUUCUUGUCGAGACCUAUUGUACACGGGCAACAUCUCAACCACGUUCAUUGAACCCCAAUACCUGCGAUGCUCUCCAAACCCUUUCACAUGCCUCAAAGCAGUGCCCCGAUAGCGCCACGGAGGAUGAAACAAGCGGGUUGGGAAGUCCCAGCCGCGGCUAUAGAGCAAGAGGUUCCAUGGCAUCCGUGCUGGAGAUGAUGUCACUUACCCUGGCCGUUGUACCAUCGGAAUCGCGGCAGCGUGGCAUUCUUCCGCUUCAAACGGAGACCUUGGAUGACCUGACGGCGACAGAGAGAGCAGCCCGGACACAUCCUGAUGCGCCGCCUCAUCUCCCACCGCUGUCUUUCGCCGUUCAUUCUGAAGAGACGGCCGGGGUACUUUACGCGCCCGAGCUCAUCGCACCGUGCCCUGUGAUCUGGUUACCACAUGACUCUGCGGGGGUGGCAAGGUCAGAAGCGGAUGAUUUAGAGAAGUAUCACGACCUUCGCGUGACCCUUGACGUACAAGCAAGCCAGGAUGUGCUUCCAAGCCGAAAUAUUUCAAGGGCUCAGUAGUCAUGGGUGACCUAUAUUGCAUCAUUUGUUGUGGUCGUGUGUACUUGCAACUUCAUAACAUGAAAUGCUUCCCGAAUCCUGGGCCUGAUGCUCGGCUUAUCGAUCAUGAUCACCCUGUAUGGUCCCCAUUUUUUGUGGCUUUCAUGGCAAACCAUGUAUGAUGGAUAGAUAAGAUAUAUACU